AUGUCAACAGCUGGGUCUAUUCAAACAGAGUCCCUUAGUGUUCCUCUCAGCUCGACACCAAUUCAACGUACGCUAAGCGAGCAGUUGCGAGAAGCCAAGCGAGAGCUUCAGAUGUGGAAAGAGAGAGCAGAGGCUGCAGAGAGGAGGGUCAAGGUGUUUGAGAAGUUUACAUCGAAGUUGAAGGGUAUCAGACAAGCUGCUGCUGCUGCUGAUGAGCAACCCCACCAGGGUGAGCAGCUUGAUGAGGAUGUUCUCAGCGAUCGGGAGGAUUCGAGUGACAAUGAGGGGGUCGCUGAUCGGGAUCAGCAUGUCCGAUUCCUGGAGGGUUACCAAGUCAAGGAUAGAGAAGGGAGCGAUGAUUCGGGGAGGACAGAAGACGCCGGUGUUGUGACAGCGAGAAUACGCAGGUGCUUACACGGAGAGCAGGAAACUCUACAUACCCACGAUGGGACGGUGGACCAAGUAUAUAGCACUGUUGGUGGACCAAGCACUGAUAAGGCAGUUUCGCCAAGGAGAAUCCAACUAGCAAAACGGGACAUGAGAUCAGAGGCUCUGGAUAUUUGGAUGGCGGCACAGGAACUACUGGAGUUGGAGGAUGCGUUGCAGUGA